CCGCUCAGCCACCUGACUCCAUUCAACACAUUAUUAUUAUACAAUACAUUAUUAUUAUACAAUAAGAAACAUUACAUUCAAGAUAGCACAAGAUAUAAUAUACAUCGAACCAGAUAGCUAAUGUUAAGUAAGACGUAUUUGACCGUUUAAAUUUAUAUACGCAAUGUAAUGUUUGUGAUGUAGAUGGCCAAAUAAUCAUUAAUAUUGUAUUAAUUGUGAAAUAAUGUUCUGGAUAAAGUUAUUAUAGUAACUUGCGCUAGCACUGCAGCUGUCAGGCUAUAGCGAACUCAGUGAAUAUACCGUCAACGUAACUUCAGUAAAGAAAAUACAUUCCAACAACGUUUACUUAAGAUAGUGUGUUCAAAUAUUCUUAAUUGUCUGUUCUGAUGACGUUGUUACCAUUUUUCUUCCAGAAGAAAUAGAUGCCUGAGUGGAAGAUGGCACUAGUACAGUACGAUUCAGAUAGCGAGGGGCUCAGAUGGCACUAGUACAGUACGAUUCAGAUAGCGAGGGGCUCAGAGUCUUUUUAUGCAACUACAUUUUGAAGGAACUUCUAAAUCUCCUGCCGCUGACGAAACAAAUCCUAGAGGAAACAGUACUGUCCCUACAGAGGUUGCAUCUAACUGUUGUCUUGCCUCUUCCCCCAGAAGUGCAGCAGCUCUCUCUCCCGGAGCCCCCACAGAUUAAAGAGGAACAGGAGCUGUGGACCAGUCAGGAGGAAGAGCAGCUCCAAGGACUGAAGUCUGAAACUACAGACUCCAUGUUCACCAGGGACUCCAACUUGCAUAUCAGAGCAUUUCUCAGUGAGAGAUUAACAACAGCAGCUUCAGAGAUUUUCGGGGCCAUUGAAAUAACAUUUGCUGAGUACCAAGAAGAAAUCUCUCGUUCUGAGGAGGAGAGGAAGCGGAUACAGCGGCUGUUUGACGUUGUUGCUCAACCUGAGAUCAAGCUACACCGAACAGAUGUGCAGCAGCUCUCUCUCCCGGAGCCCCCACAGAUUAAAGAGGAACAGGAGCUGUGGACCAGUCAGGAGGAAUACCAGCACCAAGGACUGAAGUCUGAAACUACAGACUCCAUAUUCACUUCCCUCAGUGUGAAACAGGACUCUAAUCAAGAGGGCUCCUCUGAAUGUUCACAUCUUGACCAAGCUGUCCAAAUGGACAACAGAGAAGGAGACUCUCUACCCACCAACACAACUGAGGUGCAACUUUUACUAGAAACAGUCAAAUCAAGCAGAAAAAGAAAGAACAAGGCUCUUCCCAUGGAAGGUACGCCACAGGGCAGUCACACAGGAGAGAAACCUUAUCAGUGUCCACAUUGUAGCAAACGUUUUGCUAAAAAGGGUGGUCUGGUUGAACACAUAAGGACACACACAGGAGAAAAACCUUACCAGUGUCCACAUUGUAGCAAACGUUUUGCUAAAAAGGGUGGUCUGGUUGAACACAUAAGGACACACACAGGAGAGAAACCAUAUCAAUGUUAUGAAUGUAAGAAAAUAUUUUGUGCAAACUCACAAUUGGUUAAACACAUGAGGACUCACACAGGAGAGAAACCUUAUCAGUGUCUAGAAUGUAAGAAGAGCUUUACUUUGAAGCAAACUUUGCUUAAUCAUAUGUUAAUACACACAGGAGAGAAACCAUAUCAGUGUCAAGAAUGUGACAACACUUUUAAUAAGAAAUCUACGCUGGUUGGACACAUGAGGACACACACAGGAGAAAAACCUUACCAGUGUUCACAUUGUAGCAAACGUUUUGCCAAAAAGGGAGGUCUGGUUGAACACAUAAGGACACACACAGGAGAGAAACCAUAUCAAUGUUAUGAAUGUAGCAAUGCUUUUAGUCAGAAAGCUACUUUGGUUGUUCAUAUGAGGACUCACACAGGAAAUAAACCAUGUCAGUGUCAAGAAUGUAACAAAACAUUUACUCAAAGUGGGCAUCUGGUUAGACACAUGAGGACACACACAGGAGAAAAACCAUAUCAGUGUCAGGAAUGUGACAAAGCAUUUACUGAACGAGGUAAUCUGGUUAAACACACGAGGACACACACAGGAGAAAAACCUUUUCAGUGUCAGGAAUGUAGCAAAAGAUUUUACCAAAAGUUACAUUUGGUUGAACAUAUAAGACACACGGGAGAGAAACCAUAUCAGUGUCAUGAUUGUAUCAAAAGAUUUUGCUCAAGCUCACAAUUGUUUAAGCACAUGAGGACACACAGGAGAGAAACCUCAACAUUGUCAACAAUUUAUCGAACUCCGUGAUCACAAGUGUAAUCUCAUUUCGACCGAGAAUAUUACACAACCAUAGCUGAAACUGAAGUUAUUCAGACUAUGAAAGCUUCAAGAUGUUAAGUGUUGGGGACUCCUCACUCUCCUAGAUUCAAGUCAUGUGGAAAAAGCAUGGAUUUGGGAAACAAGCUACAACUUUAGUUUUAGGUGUUUGGGCAUGUUUGGGUUGCAAAUAAACCUGUGAACAUUAUUUCAAGACUCAAGUCAAUAUAUUCACUCUACCUAAUUCAUAUUAAUUAGGAAUUCCCUUGACAAGUUGAAUCAUGUAUGUGUAGGAUCAAAUCGGCCAUCAUUAUUAAUACAUAAACAUUAGUUCAUAUAUUAUACAUAAAUAUAUUUUCAAGUUAAUUAUAAACGCAUUUACCAGUGUGUAUGUAUGCCCUUUAUACUUUUUCCAUUUAUUUCCUUCAUUUAUUUAUUUUGUAUGUCACAGAUUUUAAAAAGAAAUACACCUUCCGCAGCUCAGUGAUUCUUCGUCGCAUUUGGAGCUUCCUCUUUGAGGAAUAACGUGGUCCCGAUUCUUUGGACACCACCGAAAAUAAUUUAAUCAAGUUAAAGGGCGGGAAAACGCCACCGGCCCCCCCAAAAAACAAGCCCUAACCUAAAGGCAGAGAAGCGAUGACCGCAUUACUGGACCCAACCCGCUCAUCUCCUCGGUCGCCAACGCAACUGCCAAAAAAGAAAUGCGAGAGAUAUUUAAGCUUAAAGCAAAGGCCGAAGUUACACAAGGAGCAAAACAUAUAAACCAUUUCAAAACCAAAUGCAAGGAAAUAUUAGAACAACAUUGGAACAUUUGACAUUGUGUCAACCUAAUGGAAACAAGUUAGAGAGGCAACAAACUUGUGUGGUGUGAAUUGGGCUUCUGGAUAUAUAUAAAUAUAUAUGGAUAUUUAGAUAUUUAACACCUCAAAACUAAAAAAUGCAUAGGCUAACACAAAGAAAACAAUAAUAACCUGCAGAAACGAAACCAAAGCAAGGGGUGUAUGUGUUUAGUGGUGUUUGUCUAAUGGUCAAACAUCCAAGUGUGUGAAUUGAGUGUAUGUGGUGUUGCAAUUUCUCAGGUUUUUAGUGCAUGUCCAGUCUUGACUGAAGAACAGUUCUAAGUCCAAAGCCGACCUGUUUGAUAGCCUGUGCAGUAAUGAAACAUAAAGCAUUGGGGCCAUGACUGUUCACAGAACAGGUCUAGGGGGGGCAGGGUUUGGGGUUGGUGGCGGGGACCAGCAGGAGGUUGGGACCAGCACUGGAUGAAGAGCAGGAGGUUGGGAUCAGCAGGAGAUUGGGAUCAGCACUGGAUGCAGAUUAGGUGAAAGAGCAUGGAGGUAGAAGGCAUCAGCAAGCAGUCACCAGGUCAAGCCAUCCCUGGUAACAGCAGGAAGCACAUUCAGGGUACCAGGGGUUGUGAACCUGAGAGGCAGUCUGAGAAAUGGCUGUUCUGCUUUGAGAUUUGUGGAUGGUCUGGUCAUAAUAAACACUGCUAAACAUUGGAUACGUCUAAGCAUGUAAUACAGAUAGAUGUUCCUACAUGUAAUUGAAUGCCAAAAAGUCACUAACAACCAUAGCAUCAACCCAUUAGCCAAGAAUGUAGGAGAACUCUGUCGGGCUUAUCAAUCAUGAAUCAAAAACAAAUUACAGUGCAAACAACUUCUAACUUUAAAAACUACACAAUUAUAGUAAUAAAACGAACAGAUUUUGACAAAGUUUGCUACGUAAAGUACCUGUUUUGUGUGAUGCCGGCUGGUCAAUUUGUGUGGUUGUAUAUUUCGGAAUGUCAUGGAAACGCUCAUAUGGCGUGAAAUUAGAGGAAGCUCUGCAAAAAGGAUUUGUAACUUGCAAAGCCAAACAUAUAGAUAGACAUCAUUGAGUCCAUCCUC